AUGGAAUUCUUUUUGUCUUUGCUUUUUGAGAAAAAACCCCAUCCAAAGCUUUCUUCAGAUAUCGACUUGAAUGGCUUUUCAGAUGAGGAAGAUGAAGAACAUGAGUAUGAUAAUCUCCCGCCUUUCUCUCCUUUAACCAAAUCCCAGAUUGACGAGCUUAGUAAAGAGCAAAAAAGGUUGUAUUUUGACGAGUAUGACUAUCGGGUUGAACUCCUGAAGAAGAAACAGUGGAAGGAACAGAUUAGGCUAUUCAAAGAAAUCGAAAAGAGAGGGGAAAGCAAUAAUAUUUAUGAAGAUGAUGAUGAUUCUCCAACUUCACCGGCUCUUUCGCAAGAUAUUACAUUGCCUCUUUCCUUUGAUUGUGAUGAUCCAGUGUAUCGUUACCGAUCCUUGGAGCCAAGCUCAAACUCAACAUUCUCAACUGAUUUUCUCUCGGGUUCUAAUGGUUGGGAUCAUGACUAUAGCUAUGAUGGGAUUAGGCUCCUAAAGAUCUUUGCUAUAGCUUCAAAAUUUCCAGGUGAAAUCUCUGUCGGUUUAAGAAAAGAUAAGGAGGAGUUCGUCAUCAAUUUGGACUCCUCAGUCUCAGCCAAGCAUGGAGAUAAUGGCUCAUCGCUAGCGAACUUCAACGUCCAAACUAUUGGUAACCAAAGAGCAUACUCUAUACGGGGCGAAACCAAGUUCAAAAAUUUUAAGAAGAACAAGAUGACUGCAGGUUUUUCUGUCAACUAUUUGGGGGAUACUGUUGCUACUGGAGUGAAGCUAGAGGAUCAAGCUUCAAUUGGGAAGAGAGUUGAGCUUGGUGCAAGUAUUGGUGCUGUUCGAGCUGAGGGUGGUGUGGCAUAUGGAGCUAAUUUGGAGGCAAAAUUAAUGGAGGAGGAUUACCCUGUUGGCCGAGCUCUUGCUAUAUCAAGUUUGUCUUUGGUUCAGUAUUGCGGGAAUUUGGCUUUUGUGGGGAAUCUACAGGCUGAAGUCCCUAUUGAGAGGAACUCGAAGAUAAUCGUUCGUGUUGACAUCAACAACAAGAUGAGUGGAAGGUUAACACUUCAACCACGUACUUCUGACCCUCUUGUGAUGGUGCUUAUUGGUUUACUUCCAUUUGCAAACUGUAUUCUGAGGAGAAUCUGGCGCAAGUAUUUUUUAGCAUAG